AUGCGGUACGAGUUGUGGAUGAGAUUUGAUCCCAUCAAUCGUCUCUCAAGAAGAAGUGGUGGUUCGCCGCCGACGACCACAGCAUUCAAGACGACGACACCGACGAGGAAGAUGUCUGCGCGAGGAGUGGUUCCAGUGAUCUUUGACCUAAUGCUGGGCUCCGGCGCUAACAAUGCCAAUGAUAUCAAAGCCGGUAUUGUUCUCAUGUGUAUACUCUUGGACUCGAUGUCGUCGCUCGUAGAUAAGGCCAAACCAGUCAUUUACGCCCCCUUUGCCAACCAUUUGCGUAAUCUUAACCACAACUUCUCGGACAUGGAACUGCUGGACCUGUCGGCCUGCGCUGUCGGCAAGAUUGCCAUCAACUCCGGCGCCGUUAUUACUAAUUUCGUGGACUUUGAGAUCAGGCGCGCCAUUGAGAACCUCUCGCCCGACAAGAAUGAGAUUAAGAGACAUUCGGCGGUGUUGAAUCUGCGAGAGUUGGCAAACGUGACGCCGACCUACUUCUUCAGUCAAGUGAACCUAUUCUUCGAGAACAUAUUCCUCACUAUAAACGACCCGAAGAUACGCGACUCCGCGGUGUCGGCGCUCCGGUCGGCCCUCUAUGUUGUGGCCGAAAGGGAGCGCAUAUCCCACGACCUGAAGGACAAUAAGUCCCGUAUUGACCAACAAAUACCCAAAUGUUUUAAGAUCUGCUUCGAAGAAGUGAUGAAAGGCUUUGACGAACGCGACAAAGCGGCCCAACGGGAGAAGGAGGACAAGAUCCAGGCGUCGCUCCUUAUUCUCAACGAACUCUUGCGCUGUUCUAACGAUUCAGGCGAUGUAAUCGGACGAGAAUUGGAGCACAAAUAUAAUCAGAUAAUCGAGAACCAAAGCAACCACCGAAGCAGUCAAUUGUCUAAACUAUUCCGGAGUCACACCAAUAUUCAGACACAGCCAACGGUUCCCUCUUAUGGUUUGCGUGAUUUGAAUUCAGUGGUGAAGUAUCACAAAGAGAUGGGUUUAGCGCCCAUCCCAUCGUCGCAACACAAAUACCGACCGCCGAAACUGAGCCAAACAUGUCGUCAAUUAUUAUUAGACAAUUUCGACGACUUAUGCGCUCAAGUGAUGCUUCAGCUCCACUGCAAGAAUACUCCGAACAUAAAUCACGUGAUUCUGACAGUCAUUCCAAGUCUGGCCGCAUUGAAUCCGGACAAGUUUGCCGCCCGGAAGUACAUCAAAGAGACCAUUGUAUACCUACUCAAUAACCUGCGACUAUCGCCCGCCCGUUCCCUCGCCUUCAUCUCUUUGGGUCUUUUGGCGAUUGCCAUCAAACCGGUGAAGAAUGAUAUUCUUAAACAGCAUUUGCCGCAAAUAAUGCAAACAAUACGCCAAACACUGCCGCUGAAAGAGCAUCAGCCGAAGAAACGGCUGCCACAGCCGGACCCCACUGUGUUCACGUGUCUGGCGCUGUUGAGUCAGGUGGCGGCCGACUCUAUUGUCAAAGAAGUGCGCGAACACUCCCUCUUGGACUCGAUGUUCGCCACCGGACUGUCGGAGCCGUUGGCGGCGGCGCUGCACGAGAUAUGCAAAUACAUUCCGUCACUCAAACAGGACAUCCAGAACGGACUGCUCAAGAUGUUGAGUCACAUACUCAUGAAAAAGGCCUAUACAUUGCCCGGAGUGCCCAAACACCUGCAGUUCAGUGCCAUGUCCUUAAGCUGCGAACCCGUAGACGUUCAGACGACGAUUCUGGCGCUCAAAGUGUUGGGUCAGUUCGACUUCGAGCCCCGGUCUCUCAUGCAGUUUGUCCGCCACUGCGCCGACACUUACCUGACCGACGAGAGUCGAGAGGUGCGACUGGAAGCGGUCCACACGUGCUGCCAAUUACUAACGCCCGCUCUAAUGAAAGUUCAGGCAAAACAUUCGCAAACUCUUGUCAUUACAAUUCAGGAUGUUUUAAGUAAACUAUUGAUUGUGGGCAUAACCGACGCCGAUAUGUAUGUCCGCUAUUCGGUGCUAUCGAGUCUUGACGAGCGGUUUGACAUGCAUUUAGCUCAGGCCGAGAACCUGAACGCACUGUUCAUCUGUCUUAACGACGAGGUGUUUGAGAUCAGAGAACUGGGCUUAUGUACGAUCGGACGGCUCAGUAGUCUUAAUCCCGCGUAUGUUAUGCCGUCACUCAGAAAGGUUUUGCUUCAAUUGUUAACAGAGUUAGAAUACUCUGGCAUUUGCCGGAGUAAAGAGCAAAGCGCCAAAAUGUUAGGCCACUUGUUGGCCACAACUCCCCGACUAAUCAGACCAUACACUGAACCCAUACUUAAAGUAUUUUUGCCAAAACUCAAAGAUCCGUCACAGUCU